AAAAGAUGUGGCUGGGAUAUUACCAUUCAUAUCAUUCAUCUGCCUCGUCCUAAAAAUUGCUUCUGUCAUUGCUCUUCUCCCAAGGACACACGACCAGCAAAACUAUGUGCAACAAAUUUGUGGGAAGCUGGAAACUCAUCUCUAGUGAAAAUUUUGAUGAUUACAUGAAAGAAUUAGGAGUGGGAUUGGCGACUAGGAAACUCGGUAACUUGGCAAGACCUAAGACCAUCAUCAGCAUGAAGGGUGAUGAGGUCACAAUCAGAACAGAAAGUACCUUUAAAAACACACAAGUCACAUUUAAGCUGGGUCAAGAAUUUCAAGAAACCACAGCAGAUGGCAGGAAAACCAAGACUGUGGUAACCUUAGAAAAAGGAGCGCUGGUUCAAGUGCAGAAAUGGAAUGGUAAGGAAUCGACAAUAAGGAGGAAAUUAAUUGAUGGGAGAAUGGUGGUGGAAUGCAUCAUGAAAGGUGCCCUGUGUACAAGAGUUUAUGAGAAAAUGUGACAAAACUUGAAGUUUAUACCAGAUGAGACCAGUUCUCCACAUCAUUUCCUUGAGUGGCCAAGGAAUUGCCAUUUCUGUUCCCCUUUCCCCUUUUUCCCUUUUUCCCUUUUACUGGAGAGCAACUAAACUAUAAGUAUUCAUUUAAAAAAUAAGAAA